AUGGAUCGAGUGAAAAGGACGUCGCCGCCGUCGACGAGCGGGAGAAAACGGGAAUUCAGGGUGACGCCGGGGAAGAGCGGCGGCGCGAGCGCGGCGUUUUCGCCAAACAUUGGCGGUUCGAUGGCGAGUCCGACUAUUUUCGGUCGCGUGGACGACGUCGUGGCGGGAUUGGGCUCGGAUUGCGAGAGCGAGUCCGAGGCGGAGACGGAGGAAUUCGACGAAGACGAUGGUGGAACGCAGUGUUACGAGGAUGAUUACGCCGGAGGCACGCAAGUACUGGAUUCGGCGGCGCUGUGCGACGCCCCGACUGGGCUCGAUUUAGUCUUGGCAGCGCGUAAAGAGGAAGUCGAGCCACCGUGCGAGCGAG